AUGGCCAACAUGGUCAUAUCCCCAAUUCCGCGAACAGCCACUUCCACAUAUACAGGCUCCACCAUCUCCUUACCACUGGCCCGUGAAAGAUCUAACCAGACCGACGGCAUGGGAGGUGUUGCUGUCAUCAAAGAAGGCUGGGCACAGGUCAAAGAAAGCAGGAACUUCAUCCAGCCAUGGAAACAAAAAUUCCUAAUAUUACGCAAGGAGGCGCUCGACUUCCACAAGACUGAGGGUGGCAAGGUCACAUAUACCCUUUACCUGAAAGAUGUUGUGGGUGUCGGAAGAGUGGAAGCUGCUGGCACCAUUUUCGAGAUCAAGCGCCAGAUGGGUGGCCAGUCGAACAGUCCCGGCGAUGACGAUGGCUCUAUUCGAACAUUGCAGAUCAGGACCAAGAGCGACGAUGAUCUUUAUGACUGGAUUGAUAUGCUUUAUGGUCGAUGUCCCACCAUGGGCGGAGUUAGCAACCCCACCAACUUCUCCCACGCCGUACACGUCGGCUUCGAUCCUCAGACGGGUCAAUUUGUUGGUCUGCCCCCAGAGUGGUCAAAAUUGCUCAACUCGUCGGCCAUCACCAAGGAGGACUACGAGCGCAAUCCGCAGGCCGUCUUUGAGGUACUGGAUUUCUAUUCCGAUCUCACCAAGAGAGCCGAGAACCCAGCCCAAUACCCCAGCCUCACCCCAACUCCUCCCCCCGGCAGCCAAGCGAACAAGCAACUCGGCUAUGGCGUUGGAACGUCUGUCGCGCCGCCUCGGCCGGCACCACCUGCUCAGCAGCGCAACAACAGCUACAACCAGAUCAAUCCGAACCAGUCCAUGGCAAACGCCACCCGGCCGAGCCAGACGGAAAACUCGCAGCAACGGCAGCAGAUGCAAGGCAUGGCAUCCAACUACGUUUCCUCGGAACCAUCUCAGGAUGAGCAGCGACAGAGACAGUUUGAGCGACAGCGAGAACUGGAACUGGAACGGGAACGGGAACAACGCCGCGAGAUGGAGGAAUACAACGCGUCCUUGCCCAAGAACAAGGUUCCAAUGGCACAGCAAGAGAUUGGCGGUGGCGGCUACAGCGUGCCUGUACCUGCAAACGAUCGGUACAACCCAAGCCGGGCUGCUCCUCCGGCACCGAAACCUAGUAACCCUCAAGUGGCGGGCCUCCGUGCCCAACGGCCUGCGCCGCCAGCACCCAAUUCCCCGUCCUCGGCUACUAGACCUCCGUUAACCUCACAGCAAAGCUCAGGAUCAAUGAACAUGCGUGAUCCCCCCCUCAACAGCAACCCGUCGAGCUCCAGCACUGCACCGCGCUACCCUAACGGAACCAGCGGCACUUCUCAACCCCGCGCCAAUCCCCCAGCCCAGGCACAACCUGCCUCACGGCUUCCAGCACCAGUUAAGCCUCUCAAUGUACCCGCCAAGCCCCAGCCCCAGGCGGCAAGUGACAGUGUCAAGGCUGCGGAGGCAGCUCUCACUUCUAAACCCACUGCGGCUGAGCGAAAACAGGACGUGCGCAUGUCCACUAUGACGGAGAAGGAAGUUAUGACGAAGCUUAUCGAGGCUGUCUCAAAAGACGAUCCCAACUUGUCUUACUCCAAACAGAAAAAGAUUGGUCAAGGUGCUUCUGGAUCUGUCUACGUCGCCAAGGUCAAGGAAGGAGCUGUCUCUGGUGUCGCGCGUGAUGUUUUACGGGCUCAGGGUCCCAGGGCCCAGGUUGCCAUUAAGCAGAUGGAUCUUGCACACCAGCCUCGAAAGGAACUUAUCGUCAAUGAGAUUAUGGUGAUGAAGGACAGCAAACACCCGAACAUUGUUAAUUUCCUCGACGCCUUCUUGCGUAACAACAAUGCUGAGCUGUGGGUCGUCAUGGAGUACAUGGAGGGUGGUGCAUUGACGGAUGUCAUUGACAACAACCCUGUCAUCACCGAGGAGCAGAUCUCUACCAUUUGUCUCGAGACUUGUCAAGGACUGCAACAUCUGCACUCACAGCAGAUCAUUCACCGUGAUAUCAAGAGUGACAACGUGCUUCUUGAUGCCCGGGGUAAUGUCAAGAUUACCGAUUUUGGAUUCUGCGCCAAACUUACGGAGAGCAAGUCAAAACGUGCUACCAUGGUGGGCACACCUUACUGGAUGGCUCCCGAAGUUGUGAAGCAGAAGGAAUAUGGUCCCAAGGUUGACAUCUGGUCCCUUGGUAUCAUGGCCAUUGAGAUGAUUGAAUCCGAGCCUCCAUAUUUGAACGAAGAACCCCUCAAGGCUCUUUACCUCAUCGCGACUAACGGAACGCCACGCCUGAAGAAGCCGGAGAAGCUCAGUAAAGAGCUGAAAGCUUUCUUGUCGGUCUGUCUCUGUGUUGACGUCAAGAGUCGUGCAUCGGCUGAGGAGCUCUUGCAACAUGAUUUCCUGAAGCAUGGUUGCCCACUCGGCAGCCUUUCGGAGCUGCUCGCCUUCCGAAAGCACGCCAAAUAG